CCUAUGUGUGUUUGAUUUAAGCUGAGUCAGCUGGACUGUCAGUGUGCCACAGUAAUUACCUCCCAGGUUUCCAAGAAGUCGCUGCCAUCAGGAAUGAGCUGGUUAUUGGCAUCAAGGGGGAAAACAUCCUCCCCAGGCUGCAGUGGAAAGAAAAGUCCAAACUUAAAGUUGGGUAAUAUGUGUUUAAUUCUUUAUUUCUUGUUUUUUUAAGGUAUCCUAUUAAAGGUGGAGUCAGUGAUUCUUAUCCAAGAGUCCACUGUCCAUUUGGCCCUCUACAGAAGCCCCAAGUUUCAAGAUAAACUACCCACGACUAGUAAUAGGUAAUGUGUAUUUAAAAAAAGAAGGAUUACCUGGAGAAGAGGUGACAAACAGCCUGGGGAUACUUCUAUCUGCCGCGGACAGCUCCAGCUGAUGCGCAACAAAAGCUAGCGGUUGUUGACGAGCUGCAUUCCUGAGCGGUAACACCACGACUCGCAACGCCAUUGGUCCAUUUCUUAACAGAGUGACUCGGGGCUCUGUGAUUGGUGGAAACAGUGCGCACGUGGAGCUUGGGGAUAGUCCGAAAAGAAAACAAGCAAAGAAAGAGGGUCAUCUGCUCGUACUUCCGUCUUCGCUUUGUGGUGAUGUUCUGGUAUUUUCGAUCAAGAUAUGCCCCGUUACUGCGCCGUGAAGGUGUGCAGAAACCGCGGGGGAACUACACCCAGAACCGACAACAAGAGAAUCAGCUUCUACCCGUUUCCCUUACAAGACAAGACCAGGCUGCAAAAAUGGGUGGACAACAUGAAGCGGGAAGAAUGGGCCCCGAGUCGACAUCAGUACCUGUGCAGCGAGCAUUUUACAGAGGACUGCUUCGAUAUCCGAUGGGGCAUCCGCUACCUGAAGAACACAGCCAUCCCGACUGUAUUUCCCUCCAAUGAAGAUGAUGUAGACAAAAAGUUUAGCACCAUUAAAAGAAGCCCGAAGGCCAAGCACAGGACUUUGGAUAUUGACAUUGAGCCUAAAGGAUUUUACUCUCCUCUCAACACUAGGCCACUGAUUUUGAGUCGAACAUGCAAAAAGGUCCAGUCAAAUACAACAGACAGCAUUGAUGCAGAGCAAACUGGGAUGAUAUUUGAAUCACCUCUGGUGUCGGACACUGGCAUCUCCUGUCUUUCAAAUCAAUCAGGGACACAAACUGCUCCUGGUGAAUUGCUAGGUGACAGUAGCGUUCCGAAAGCGUCCUGCCUCACACUGUCCCGAUGCGAUGAGCCCCAUCCUGAAGAGCAGGCUCCCUCGAUCGUGACUGUGUUGUGCUGUGAGUCAUUGGGCCCUUUCUCAGAGGGAGAGGAAAAUGUGGGUGCAGCUGCCCUCCAAACCGCACUGGGCCAGGCUUUUAGCUUCGUCCCUGUGGAAAUAUUCAAGGACCAAACCACUGCUUGCUUUUCAGAGGACAGACUCUGUGAUUUGGAGCACAUUUCCGUUUACGAGCACUCGUACUGCAGACCGGAUACGGACAAUGAUCAGCUUUGGCGUAAGAUCUUGAGUUUGCAUUCAAAGAUUUUGGAAUUGGACCGUCGGGAGGAGAUCACCGUGGACAAGAUCCGUGCUCUGGAGACCGAAGUAGCCCUCCUGAAGAAAGACGGGGGUGUUUUUAAAGAGAAGCAGAACAUUUUAGAAGAUUACAUCUCAUCCAUGCUGCUCUGAUCAUAGAUUGCAUAGAUUUGAUUUGUUGCCAUGACUCACUUUUGCUGCUAUGUUACCCAUGCUCCCAUUCAGUGGUGGAAUCAAACUUAGCACACAUACUCAAGUUCUGUACUUUAGCACAAGUUUGAGAUACUUGUACUUUACUUGAGUAUUUCCAUUUUCUGAUACCUUAUACGACCUUAAAUAUGAAUCAAGUAGUGCAUGAUGGGGAAUUCUUAUAUAUUGAGCUGCCUUUUAAGUAUAACACUUCCCAACUACAACAUCAGUGAUGCUUUCAACAUAUUUCAUCAACAAUUAUAACCCAUAAUUGCAUAUUAAAUGGUAUACUAUUUAUUUCAGAUAUGCACAAUGCAUACUUUUGUAUUGUACGCUUUGAUGCUAAUACUUUUCUGCUUUUACAUAAGUUGGACUUUGAAGGCAGGGUUGAAGGGUGUUACUACUAACUUCCUUUGAUACUGAGGUUCUCAUUUUCCUGCUUUGAAAAGUCUAAAUGACAGCUGUGUAAAUGGAUUGUUUAUUUGAUCCUGCUUUUGUCCACAUGGUGGCCCUGUUGGACCGUCUUCACAGUGGGUGUAGAUUUAUGAUCUGUUACAUGUUUACAGUUUGAUUGUAUCUCAGUUGUGAUAAAUACAUAUUCCUAACUUAUUGACCCACCGUGAAUCACGUCUGGAACCUUUUUAACACCUUGGUACACAACUGGAAAAUAAUAAUUGCUCUUAUGCUUUGGUGUUUAUCUGAAAAAAAAAAGCUGAAGUGCUAAAAUCUAUUUUUAUUUGGACCUUAAAUAUAUAUGCACCCGCCAAAACUGAAAAUAAAAAUGUAAAAAUUGCUUUAAAAAAUCACAAAAAAUAGUCCAAAUAUGUUUAACCCUUUGAAAAUGUUUUCAGGCCCAUUUAAUAACAAUCAUUAUACUUAUAAGUACAUAUUCAUUUCCUGGUUUUACAAUUAAAAAAAAUGCCUAGCAAGUUUGCUGUGUUAACACACAUGAGAACAAUUGCUCUGGCUAUGCUCCAAACAGCCGUGUUCACACUGUCCUUAAAUUACUAGCAAUCAUGUCCCUAAAGCCAGAGCUUCAUUGCAUUUCAGAGCUGUGAAUCAUUCCUUUUCUGUGCAAUCUCCCCCUAAAAUAUGCUCAGGAUAUUCUGCUUCAGAGAGCAAUCUGUGGAAGUGUGCUGAUAAAUGUGUUUCUUAAAGCCUCCCCUGUUCCCCUAU